AUGGCGUCCCGAACAGGCGUGAGACGGCUGCUAUCAAGGGCACAGUAUGGCAACGCCCGUCUAUACUCGUCCCAUGCCCCCGGGGCGAAGAUGAACCUGCCGGUCAACUACGCAGCCACGCCGCUGCUGCACCAUGCUCCCUCCUCGCUCGCCUCGAACAAGGAGCUGCCGGCCAACGCUCCCACCAAGCGCCUGAACCUGUACCAGUCCAUCAACGCAGCUCUGCGAAGUGCCCUGGCCGCUGACGAACGGGUGCUGCUGUUUGGCGAGGACGUGGCCUUUGGUGGUGUCUUCCGCUGCUCUGUCGACCUGCAGACCGAGUUUGGCUCCGAGAGAGUCUUCAACACUCCGCUGACCGAGCAGGGAAUCCUCGGAUUCGGCAUUGGAGCAGCCGCCGAAGGGUUCAAGCCUGUGGCGGAGAUUCAGUUUGCAGACUACGUCUUCCCAGCCUUUGACCAGAUUGUCAAUGAGGCGGCAAAGUUCAGAUACCGUGAGGGCAGCACCGGCGGCCACGUUGGCGGGCUCGUCGUCCGGAUGCCGUGCGGUGGUGUAGGCCACGGUGCUCUAUACCACUCGCAGUCCCCCGAGGCUCUCUUCACUCAUGUUCCCGGCAUGCGUGUUGUCAUACCUCGUUCCCCCACGCAAGCCAAGGGUCUCUUGAUCAACGCUAUUUUGCACUGCAACGACCCCGUCAUCUUCAUGGAACCCAAGAUCUUGUACCGUGCAGCAGUCGAGCAUGUCCCCACUGAAUCUUAUACCUUACCUCUCGACAAGGCGGACGUCAUUAAGCAGGGAGCUGAUGUCACCGUCAUCUCUUACGGCCAGCCGCUCUAUCUCUGUAGCCAAGCCAUUGCUGCCGCCGAGAAGGACUUCAAGGGCGCCACCGUUGAGCUCAUCGAUCUCCGAUGCAUCUACCCCUGGGACCGUGAGACUGUGCUCAAAAGUGUACGCAAGACCGGCCGUGCCAUCGUUGUGCACGAGUCCAUGAUGAAUGCCGGCGUGGGUGCCGAGGUAGCUGCCAGUAUCCAGGAAGGCGCUUUCUUGAGUCUCGAGGCUCCCGUCAAGCGUGUCACCGGCUGGGAUGUUCACACUGGCCUCAUUUACGAGCGUUUCAACAUGCCAGACGUCACCAGAAUCUACGACGCCAUCAAGGAGGCUCUGCACUACUAA